CAGUGUGUCCGAGCCGACAGGGAGGAGAACUGUUAGCAAACAAAGCAGCCCUCCUCCCCACUGGUGACUGUCGGUAAUCACCGGCUGAGAGGGGAGAGAUCUGUGUGUAAACUGCAAAGCAGAGAGAUGCAAAGCAGCACGUCGCCCAAGUAAAACACACACAAACACACAGUUAACCCUUUGAUCGCCCCAAAUGUUAACCCCUUCUUGUCCAGUGCCUUUAGUACAGCGUCAGUGCUUUUUAUUAGCACUGAUCACUGUAUCAUUGUCACUGGGGAUGUCAGUGGUUGUUCCCACCCAGUGCCGCAGUCCCGAAGUCCAGCUAUAAGUCGCUG